AUGUCGGCCAUUUCUAUCAACUGACCGAGCAACUGAUUAGGGGACUGAGUACGAGUAACAUGGCUACAGAAUCAACAGCAGAAGAAGCGAGUUCCAAAAAGAUUGUUAUUGUUGGCGGUGGUUUGGUUGGAUCAUUAUGUGCAGUUUUCCUUGUUAAACGAGGAUUCAAAGUUGAUCUCUAUGAAGCACGGGAAGAUCCUCGUUCAGUGGAGUUUGUCCGUGGUCGUAGUACCAAUCUUGCACUGUCCACCAGAGGCAUUGAGGCUUUAACAGAAGCUGGAGUCUUAGAAUCAAUUUUGCCUCUGGGCGUGGCCAAGUUUGGCCGUAUGUUGCAUUCCACCAGUGGGAUCAGGACACCUCUUUACUAUGACCAGGAAGGACCAUAUCCUUUGUUGGCAAUGGAAAGGAGAAAAGUGAAUGAAAAACUUCUUUCUGCUGUGGAGACCUUCUCUAAUGUGAAGUUGUACUUUGAGCACAAGCUGCUAUCUGCAGACCUGGAGAAAGGCCAUCUUACAUUCUUAUGCUCUGAUGGUAAAACUGUAGAAGUUGAUGCUCAGUUGAUUAUUGGAGCUGAUGGAGCUCGUUCGGCAAUCAGAAAUGAGAUGAUGAGAAGACCAAGGUUUGACUUCAGCCAAGAAUAUAUCCCACAUGGGUACAAAGAGUUUCAGCUUUUACCAACUCAAAGUGGAGAGUAUGCUAUUGAAGAAAAUUAUCUACAUGUUUGGCCCAGAGACUCCUUUAUGCUCAUUGCGAUACCAAACAAGGAGCAGUCUUUUACAUGUACACUUAUCAUGGCUUUUGAAAAUUUUGAUGCUUUGGAGACAAAGGAAGAUAUUAUGAGUUUUUUUAAUGCUACUUUUCCUGAUUUUGUUCAAGUUAUGGGAGAGUAAGUAGUCAUUCCUAUUUCUUUUGUGAUUAUUUUGAACUUUACUGUGUCAGUUCUCAUUAACAAUUAGAUUAUUCACUCUUAGUUUCUACGAGCACAGGUGGCCCAUUAGCUCCAGCUGUGAGAUGAUCAUCUUGUGUAACAACAGUUGGGGACUGCCUGUGCAAUGAGGUGAUAGUUGAUGCAGUCUUCAGCCUCGUCAACUACUACCACAUAGACAUUGGGAGUGUAUACUCUAGAUCUGUGUUUAGUAGAAUUCCAACUAAAUUUCCCUCAAAUAAGAAUUUCCAAUCAUUUCUCAACGUAGUGUUUCACUUUACGCUUUAGCAAAAUCAUGCAGUUUUGCACAUGCAUUCUUUGGCUCAUUGAAAAAUUUUGAGGUUCUAAAGUCUUAGUGGUCUGUUUCCUUACUCAAGUGUUCUUGUUGUGAUAUUUCUAAAUCUUCCUUGAAACAUUACAAACAUCAGAAAAUGUUGCCAUUUAUGUGGAGACCUCCAGCCACUGCACACUGAUGGUUGAUAGUA